GCCCCCGCUGCCCGCCAUUCGGGUCACCUGACCCACCCGCGGCUCACGUGAUCCGUCCCCAGCGCCGCCAUUUUGGAGCUCCGGAUGAGGAGGGGGAAACCGGGGGAAAAGAGGGAAAAGAGCCGGGAGAGAGGUGGGCAAGGACGAGGGCGAGGGCACGGCCGGGUCCUGGCUGGCCAAACGAGGCUCGCGGAAGCAGCAGCCGCCGCCUGACCGCAGCUGGAUUUUGAAGAUUGAUCCAAGGGACUGUAUUAAUUUCAGGAAUUGAUUUGAAAGACACUGGCUCUGCCACUUAACAGCCAUGUAACCUUGGAUAUGGAAGAAAGUAGCAGUGUUGCCAUGUUGGUGCCAGAUAUUGGGGAACAGGAAGCUAUACUGACUGCUGAAAGUAUCAUCAGUCCUUCAUUGGAAAUUGAUGAACAAAGAAAAACUAAACCAGAUCCAUUAAUCCAUGUUAUCCAGAAGUUAAGCAAGAUAGUGGAAAAUGAAAAGUCACAAAAAUGUCUUUUAAUUGGGAAGAAACGCCCACGUUCAAGUGCCGCAACACACUCUCUUGAAACCCAAGAACUUUGUGAGAUUCCAGCUAAAGUAACCCAGUCACCUGCUGCUGAUACUAGAAGGGCUGAGAUGUCACAAACAAAUUUUACCCCUGACACUCUUGCCCAGAAUGAAGGGAAGGCUAUGUCUUAUCAGUGUAGCCUUUGUAAGUUUCUAUCAUCAUCCUUUUCUGUGUUAAAAGAUCAUAUUAAGCAACAUGGUCAGCAAAAUGAAGUGAUACUGAUGUGCUCAGAGUGCCAUAUUACAUCUAGAAGCCAGGAGGAACUUGAAGCUCACGUGGUGAAUGACCAUGACAAUGAUGCCAAUAUCCACACCCAAUCCAAAGCCCAACAGUGCGUAAGCCCCUCCAGCUCUUUGUGUCGGAAAACCACAGAAAGAAAUGAAACCAUUCCAGAUAUCCCAGUAAGUGUGGACAAUCUACAGACUCAUACUGUCCAAACUGCAUCUGUGGCAGAAAUGGGUAGGAGGAAAUGGUAUGCAUACGAACAGUACGGCAUGUAUCGAUGCUUGUUUUGUAGUUAUACUUGUGGCCAGCAGAGAAUGUUGAAAACACACGCUUGGAAACAUGCUGGGGAGGUUGAUUGCUCCUAUCCAAUCUUUGAAAAUGAAAAUGAACCCCUAGGCCUGCUGGAUUCUUCAGCAGCUGCUGCGCCUGGUGGGGUCGAUGCAGUGGUCAUUGCUAUUGGAGACAGUGAACUGAGUAUCCACAAUGGGCCAUCAGUGCAAGUGCAGAUUUGCAGCUCAGAACAGUUAUCAUCUUCAUCUCCUUUAGAACAGAGUGCAGAAAGAGGAGUACACCUAAGUCAGUCAGUUACCCUGGACCCCAAUGAGGAAGAAAUGCUAGAAGUGAUUUCUGAUGCAGAGGAGAAUCUGAUUCCUGAUAGCCUGCUUACAUCAGCACAGAAAAUCAUCAGCAGCAGCCCCAAUAAAAAAGGGCAUGUUAACGUGAUAGUGGAGCGAUUGCCAAGUGCUGAAGAAACCCUUUCACAGAAGCGCUUCCUCAUGAACACUGAAAUGGAAGAAGGGAAGGACCUGAGCCCGACAGAAGCUCAGAUUGGGCGCGAAGGAAUGGAUGAUGUUUAUCGUGCUGAUAAAUGUACUGUUGAUAUUGGGGGAUUGAUCAUAGGCUGGAGCAGUUCAGAGAAAAAAGACGAGUUAAUGAAUAAAGGCCUGGCUACUGAUGAGAAUGCCCCACCAGGCCGGAGAAGGACAAAUUCUGAGUCUCUUCGAUUACACUCAUUAGCUGCAGAAGCCCUUGUCACAAUGCCUAUAAGAGCUGCAGAGUUGACAAGAGCCAACCUGGGGCACUAUGGAGAUAUAAACCUUUUAGAUCCAGAUACUAGUCAAAGGCAAGUAGAUAGUACAUUGGCAGCAUACUCAAAAAUGAUGUCGCCACUUAAAAACUCUUCAGAUGGAUUAACUAGUCUUAACCAAAGCAACUCCACCUUGGUAGCACUCCCAGAGGGUAGGCAGGAAUUGUCAGAUGGGCAGGUUAAGACAGGCAUCAGCAUGUCCUUACUCACCGUCAUUGAAAAAUUGAGAGAAAGGACAGACCAAAACGCUUCAGACGAUGACAUUUUGAAAGAGUUGCAGGACAACGCCCAGUGCCAACCCAACAGCGAUACAAGUUUGUCCGGAAACAAUGUGGUGGAAUACAUCCCGAAUGCUGAACGACCCUACCGUUGCCGCCUGUGUCACUACACAAGUGGCAACAAGGGCUACAUCAAGCAGCACUUACGAGUCCAUCGACAGAGACAGCCUUAUCAGUGUCCUAUCUGCGAGCACAUAGCGGACAACAGCAAAGAUUUGGAGAGUCACAUGAUCCACCACUGUAAGACAAGAAUAUACCAGUGCAAGCAGUGUGAAGAAUCCUUCCAUUAUAAGAGUCAAUUGAGGAACCAUGAGAGAGAACAGCACAGUCUUCCAGAUACCUUGUCAAUAGCAACUUCUAAUGAGCCAAGAAUUUCCAGUGAUACAGCUGAUGGAAAAUGUGUCCAGGAAGGGAAUAAGUCUUCAGUCCAGAAACAGUAUAGAUGUGAUGUGUGUGAUUAUACAAGUACAACAUAUGUUGGUGUCAGAAACCACAGGCGAAUCCAUAACUCUGAUAAGCCGUACAGAUGCUCUCUGUGUGGGUAUGUGUGUAGCCAUCCUCCUUCUUUGAAGUCUCAUAUGUGGAAACAUGCAAGUGACCAAAAUUACAACUACGAACAAGUAAACAAGGCUAUUAACGACGCGAUUUCACAAAGUGGCAGAGUUCUGGGGAAAUCCCCUGGAAAGACUCAAUUAAAGAGCAGUGAAGAGAGUGCAGAUCCCGUCACUGGAAGUUCGGAAAAUGCGGUAUCAUCUUCAGAACUGAUGUCCCAGACUCCCAGUGAAGUUCUGGGUACCAACGAGAAUGAGAAACUGAGCCCUACAAGUAAUACCUCAUAUAGUUUAGAAAAAAUCUCCAGUCUGGCCCCUCCUAGCAUGGAGUACUGCGUUUUACUCUUCUGCUGUUGUAUUUGUGGUUUUGAAUCAACCAGCAAAGAAAACCUCUUGGAUCAUAUGAAAGAGCACGAGGGUGAAAUUGUAAACAUCAUCCUGAAUAAGGACCACAACACAGCUCUAAACACAAAUUAGGUGGAAUAAUGACUCGAGCAGGAAAGCAGUAGAAGAGGAUUCCUUCACCACAGUUUCACCUUUACGCUGUCAGACAACUUCCUGCCACAGAAGAAGUCGUUGAUGUGAUUUUUGAGGAAAUGACAGAUGUGACUUUGGAACCAAACUUGUAAUAAAAGGAAUUCCAAAUGGACAAGCA